CCUACUUUUCCAAUUCAACUCGACGUUUUUAAAUUAACAAUUAAAAAACUGGGUGUAAUUAACUUCUAUCGUUAAUUUUAUUUAAACCUUGACCGACCAAUUUACCGGUUUAAAACGGAACUGAAAAUGCGUCGGAUGAGGAAGGUGGAUUGCAGUUUUCGUAACGACUCGUUCGAGUGAACAACACAUCCUGUAUAAAAGAAAGAAAAUAAUGUCGAAAUACGUUUCUACCGAUGAUGGGUUUAAACUAUCUCCUUAUCUAAGGAUUCUCAAUGAAGCCCUUAAAAUAGACGAAACCAAUCAUGUUGAAAAAUUUCGAGGCAUCUAUGGUCUUAAAGUUAAAAGGAGCGAUGGCGUUGAAGGGUUUUGGGUUAUUAAUCUUAAAGAGGGAAAAGGGCAAGUUGAGUUUAAUUCGAGCACUAAACCUGAUGUAACUUUUAUAAUAAACGAUGAGGAUGUCAUAAAAUUAUUAACAGGUGAAAUUCCCUCACAAAAAGCUUUUUUCAUGGGGUUAGUUAAAAUCCAAGGCAACGUGGGACUCGCUAUGAAAUUAACCCAAAUUCAGUCGGUCAUAAAAUCCGAAUUAGAUAAGUUUAGAUCAAAAUUAUAAUUGUUACUUUUCUUAAUAAAAGAAUUUUUUUAAAUCCA